AUGUCCUCCACGGUUUCCCUUGGCCGACAGUGGCCUCCCUCCCCUAGUGUUGAAGAUGAAUCUGAAUCCCUCUCCCGCGAAUUACUAGACCCAUCGUUAUUAGACAUCAUGUCGAAUGAUACCUGUGUGAUCUCGAGGGGAUCUGUAGAUCAGUACCCCAUUAUCCUUCCCUCCGACACUCUCACCCCUUGCACAACACCUACGGAUACUUGCGGAAGCCCAAUAGGUUCAAGCUCCGGAAACGAAUCAUCCAGCGGAAAUACCGGCGUUAUUACCCCUCCCUACGCUCCAAGUCCCAGCAGUGAUUUGGCAAGACAGCAUGGGAUGGGUACGUCUGCUCCGUUUUGUUCUGAACAUGGAACAUGCGAGCCCUCUAAUGUGCCAUCGGAAAUUUCCCCUCGAUCUGGAGCAAAUGCGUCCUCUAGAGCUCCGCAGGUUCAUCAGCCUUAUAGAUGCACAAUCAAUGAAGCCGAAUACUCAGUGCAGCAAAAGCCGGGGCUAAGCAGACAUUUCUCGGAGGGAAAUGAAAAGCCUAGAAUCCAUGAAGUGGCCGGCAAGCAGGCUGAAUGGCACAGUGAUAAUGAAGCACUCAUAUCAUACAGUGGCCCAGAUGCCUUAGACACCCCAAGCGCUGUUCCCAUCAAGAAAAAGAAGAAGGUUAAUUUUCAGCUUCCUGACGAACCUGCUACGGAAAGGUUGCCAUGGGAGCGGAGUGCAUUUGUUUCAGAACAUGAGUUCGACCCUCUCUUCAGGCCUGACGAGGAGGAGUGCUCCUCCCGCCAUUCGAUCCAAUACUAUGAAGAUGAAACGCCAAUGGAUAGCUAUCAUCCUGCCUUUGUUAAAUAUAGACAGGAUUAUACUUAUCUUGCCCAUCCUCAACCACUCAAGAUUAACUGCAACUAUGGUGAACCGCGAAGUCGAGUGUCGGGCUCCAAAUCACCUGUUACAUCUCCUCUGAAACUGACUUCGCGAUCCCCGGCGCAUUCGCCGCAACGACGCACUCCAAGCCCCACAGGGUACCGACUUAGCCCAAUUACUCGAGCAGCUUUAGAUGUGACCAAGACAAUAUUACCAAUUUCCAACAAAGAUUGCCGAGCAAGCACAAACUCUUCUCCCAUCCGGCGCAGGGGGCCUUUCUUGUCCCCCCCUUUGCUGCCUUCAGGCUACGAAGUGAUCGUCAGAAAGGCUAGCGACAGGCAAUCUCACCGGCUUAGUGUGCCACUGAUGCCACCACCACAUCUUCUGUCCAGAUCGCGAAGUUCAACGAUUCCUUCGCAGGUGGUAGUUCGUCGUCAGCAACCUGACACAACGCCUCCCCCCAGUAUUUCUCUAGCUCCCUGCCCCCGAUCCAUUCCCAUGGCUGGCCAUUUGGAUUGGUACACCAUCAAGGGCCUAACACAUCUCGACAUCUGCCCGUCCUGCAUGAACCAAAUUGGUAACUCUCGAUUCCGCGAUCUCUUCAUCCCCAGCCUUCCAAAAUCCCGAGAUGCAAAUGUCCGUUGUUCCUUCAGCCAGCCAUGGGCGCGCCUCGCAUGGGUCCAAACAAUGAAAUUGAAACUCAAUCAUCUCGAACUACUAUACCACAUCACCCGUCCACAGCCAGGAAGCCGCCCUUGUACCGGCCGUCUUCCAUCCGUGCAACCCUGGUACCGCCUGUCAGAUCCCGAAACGGGACGUACCGUCUCCGACUUCAACGCCUGCUCCGCCUGCUUCCGCAACUUGCAAAUCCUCAUGCCCUCGCUGCGCGAUGCCUUCCGCUCCGGUUCCCUCGUCCAGGAGCGCAUUUGCGAUCUUCGCGUCGACAGCCCCCGCUUCGUCAGAUACCUCGACCUAUUGGAUGACGCAGCAUCGCGCAGCCAGUCCACACCACGCGGUCGACUGGACAUGCGCGAAUUCGUCCGAUAUGCUCGACGCAAGAGCAUCAUUCGGAACUGCCAACGCGACCAUUUUGCCGAGGGUCCGUGGCACUAUAUCCCAGAAUUGCCAGAGUUUACCAUCUGCGAGGACUGCUAUGACGAUGUUGUACACGACCUUUCACACACGGGCAUUGGCAAGAUGGUUUCACGAACACCCCAGAUGGUCCCUGGGUGUAGGAAUCAGCCGUACACUUGCCAGUUAUAUAGUCCGCGGAUGAGGACGGUGUUCCGUGCGGCCGUGCAGCACGGGGACUUUGACCUUCUGGCCACUUCUGCGCAGCGCAGACACGAGGCGGAGAAUUCGUUCCGGGAGAGGAAGAGGAGGUUGUUGGAUGACGUGGCGAAAGGCUACGACAAGGAUGCAGAGCUGAGGUGGAAUGCUGAUGAUUGGAGGAGGUGUGAAUGA